GAAUUCGGAAUUUAGUAAACCAGAACCACUCUGCAUUGAGGUUGUGAAAGGUGGUAAAAUGGGUAAAAAAGGAAAAAAAGCUUCUUAUGCCAACUGGGAAGAUGAUUUAGGAGAAGAUAUAAGCGGCCAAAAUGAGUUUAUACCUCAAAAUGUUGAGGAAGCCAACGAAACAGAUGAAUUGAAAGAAGUCGAAGGUUUGGACACUUCUUCAGAUAAGAAGUCGAAGAAAAAGAAGGGCAAGAAGGCGGAUCAAGAAACGCCACUUGAUGAAGAAGAAAUAGUUGACGAAAAGGAAGCUCCUAGCGGUCCUGUUGAACUGACAGCUGUUACUGAAUUAGACGAUGAUGAAUUUGCUUACGAAAAGCCCAAGAAAGGGAAAAAAAAUAAGAAGCAGCAAGUUGAAGAGGAAGAAAUACCUGCUGCUGCUCCUGCUUCCACUGUCCAUGUAAAGUCUAAAAAAGAAAAGGAACGUGAAAAGAAAGAACGUGAGAAGCAAAAGAAGAAACAACAGGGUAAGAAGCAGCCUUCCACAAAUCAAGAGAGAGAAGGGGUAUCAACGCCCGAGGUUGAAGAAGAGACUGUUUCUGAAUCUGACUAUGCGUCUGCCAAGGGCAAACAAGGUAAACGUAAAGGUCCUAAUGUUGCUGCUCUUCAGAAGAUGCUGGAAGAAAAGAAGGCUAAAGAAGAAGAAGAACGUAGACAAAUAGAGGAGGAAGAGCGGUUAGCAGAGGAAGAAAAGCGCUUGGCUGAAGAGGAAGAGCGCCGAAAGGAAGAGGCUAAAGAAAAGAAGAAAGAAAAAGAUAGGAAGAAGAAGGAAGAACUUAAGGCUCAAGGAAAGUACGUUUCGAAAAAGCAAAAGGAGCAACAAGCCCAAGCUCAACGCCGCUUGCAACAAAUGUUGGAGUCAGGCGUUCAAGUCUCUGGUCUUUCAGAAAAAGCAAAGAAACAAAAACCUGUUUACACUAAUAAGAAGAAAUCUAGCAAGAGUGGAUCCUCUUCUUUAUCUUCUUCUGGUAUAAUGGAAUCCCCCUCUCCUGCUACUUCUGCUCCCGUCUCCGGCGUAGAGUCUCCUGCUCCUCCUCAAGAAUCUAAACCUGUUGAAGAGAUUAAAGAAGAAAAGAAGGAGGAUGAUGCCGUUUUUGACGACUGGGAGGCCGCUUUGGAACAAUCAGAACCUGAACCUGAACCUGAGCAAAAGCCAGAGCCAGAGCCUGCCCAUGAGGAGGUUAAAGAAGAAAAGCAUCAAACCGACAGCUCAGAAUUUCCUGAAGCUACUCCCGUUGAAUCUGAACCUGUAAACAAUCUUCGUUCUCCUAUUUGCUGUAUUCUCGGACACGUCGAUACCGGUAAGACCAAACUUUUGGAUAAUUUGCGUCGUAGCCAUGUACAAGAAGGAGAAGCUGGAGGUAUCACUCAACAAAUUGGUGCUACCUACUUCCCUAUUGAAUCGAUUAAGCAAAAGACUAAACCCGUUAAUAAGAAGGGAAAAUUAGAGUUCAAUAUACCCGGUUUGUUGAUUAUUGAUACGCCUGGACACGAAUCUUUCACCAAUCUUCGUUCGCGUGGUACUUCUCUGUGUAAUAUUGCCAUCCUUGUUAUUGAUAUUAUGCAUGGUUUGGAGCCUCAAACAAUGGAAUCCAUCCGUCUUCUUCGUGACAAUAAAACACCUUUUGUGGUCGCUUUGAACAAGGUUGAUCGUCUUUACGGCUGGCAUUCGAUUAAGGAAAAUGGAUUCCAAGACAGCUUAUUAAAGCAAAAGAAAGCCAUCCAACGCGAAUUUAGAGAUCGAGUCGACAGCAUUAUUUUGCAGCUCAAUGAGCAAGGGCUCAAUGCUGCAUUAUAUUUCGAAAAUAAACAAAUGGGUCGUUAUGUUUCUCUUGUUCCUACUUCUGCUCAAUCAGGAGAAGGUGUUCCUGAUUUAGUGGCCCUUUUGGUUGCAUUAACGCAAACUCGUAUGUCUGAUCGCAUCAAGUAUAUUUCGACCCUUGAAUGUACAGUAUUGGAAGUAAAAGUUGUUGAAGGUCUGGGUGCUACUAUCGACGUUAUUCUUUCGAACGGUGUGUUGCGAGAAGGUGAUCGGAUUGUUAUCUGUGGUAUGGGUGGCCCUAUUAUUACAACUGUUCGUGCUCUGUUAACGCCACAACCUAUGAAAGAGAUGCGUGUGAAAUCGGCAUAUGUUCAUCAUAAGGAAAUUAGAGCUGCAAUGGGUGUAAAGGUUUGUGCCAAUGACCUCGAGAAGGCUGUCGCUGGCUCUCGUUUACUCGUUGUUGGCCCUGAAGAUGAUGAAGAAGAAUUAGCUGAUGAACUUAUGGCAGAUCUUGAAGAUUUAUUGGGAAGUAUAGACACUUCGGGAGUUGGUGUUUCGGUUCAGGCUUCUACUUUGGGUUCUUUGGAGGCUUUGCUUGAAUUUUUGAAACAAAUGAAAAUUCCCGUAGCUUCUGUCAACAUUGGACCUGUUUACAAAAAGGAUGUGAUGAAAUGUGCAACCAUGUUAGAAAAAGCCAAGGAAUAUGCCUUGCUUCUUUGCUUCGAUGUUAAGGUGGAUCAUGAUGCCGAAGCCUUAGCUGAUCAGUUAGGUAUAAAGGUUUUCUCCGCUAACGUAAUCUAUCAUCUUUUCGAUGCUUUCACUGCCCAUCAAAACAAAAUUAUGGAACAGAAGCGAGAGGAAAACUCUGAUGUUGCGGUUUUCCCUUGUGUUUUGAAGACCAUUGCUGCUUUCAAUAAGCGGGAUCCUAUCAUUCUCGGUGUUGAUGUUGUCGAUGGUGUUUUGCGUAAAGGUACGCCUAUUGUGUCUGUCAAAAAUGUUCCCGGAGAGGAACCUCAAAUAAUUGAAUUGGGACGUGUAGUCAGUCUUGAAAUGAACCACAAACCCGUUGAAAGGGUUAAGAAGGGCCAAGCUGGUGGUGGUGUUGCCAUGAAACUAGAAGCUGGUGGUGGUUCACAGAUCUUGUUCGGUCGUCAUGUUACGGAAAGUGAUACCUUGUAUUCACACAUCACUCGUGAAAGUAUUAAUGCGUUGAAGGAUCCUGCCUUCCGCAAUGAGGUUCACAGAGAUGAAUGGCAGUUGAUCAUUCAACUUAAAAAGGUUUUUGGUAUUAUUUAAUCUGCUUAUGUAGGUUUUGGAUUAAAUAUGAAUUUAUGUUGGAUGUUGCGGAAAUUUAAUUACAAGAGUAAUUGAAUUAGCAAUUAAUUAGCCAAAGCGUACUGAAAUAUUACUUCGCAAUUUUAAUAAAGUUUUCUAUUCUUGUUACAAAAUGUUAUAAAGGAAUAAUCCUCAAGUAUUUCAGUUCGAGGCUUUACUUGCUAAGG